AUGUCGGAGAUGGGUGAGAGCUCGCUGCUGGACCAGUUGCAUGACCUUCAUCGACGAUUGGCAGCCGUGCGGCAAGACUCGCAGCGCUACACUUCGCUCGGCCCAAUCCCCAUGGCCAAUGACAGCAACAAGAUCAUCGUGUGCUCACUCCGUCGCUGUGUGCGAAUGCUCAAGACACAGCGUGGUGACAGCUGGCAGUACAUUCCAUCCGCUACCGGACUAAAAAGCGCCAUCGACUACCUAGGAAAGGGCAACACCGUGCGUUGGGUCUCCUGGCCUGGAGCGAAUGUGGACGAAUCGAGUCAGGACGGAGUACGACGCCGCCUCGAGACGGACUUUGCGUGUCACCCCGUCUUUCUGGGCCACGAGACGCUAGAUCUGUACCAGAAUCAGUUCUGCAAUGUGGUGCUAUGGCCGCUUUUCCACUCGCUACCGCAGCGCUCGGACAGUCGCUUGCUUGAGAAUUUCGGGGAGAAAUAUGACGCCUACUGCUCAGCCAAUCAGAAGUUUCUCGAGGCUGUGUCGGAGAUCUACAAGGACGGAGACCUCGUAUUGGUAUGUGACUACCAACUAAUGGCGCUGCCUGGACUCCUGCGUCGACGUUUCCCCGAGAUCACGUGUGGUUUCUACUUUCACUGCCCUUUCCCGUCCUCUGAGUUCUUCCAGAUGCUGCCAGUUCGAGAGGCGCUACUCCAUGGCGUUCUAGGCGCCGACCUGGUCGUGUUUAAUCAUUUCGACUAUGUACGGCACUUUCUUAACGUGUGUACGCGUAUGCUGGGCCUCGAGUCUUCGCCCAGUCGUGUCGAGUAUAACGGACGCCUCAUCUCGUUGGGUAUUUGUCCAAUGGGAAUUGAUCCAGUGAAAUACGCCCUUACAGCGAAAGUGGAGACUCAUGUGGAGAUUCUCAAGAGGCAACAGGACGGGAUGAAGAUCAUUGUGGGGGUCCACAAGCUGGACUUCUGCAAGGGGAUUCCGGAGAUGCUGGAGGCGAUGGAGUAUCUACUUCAACAUUAUCCAGAAUACCGAGGGAAAGUGGUCCUGUAUGCAGUGGUGAGGGAUGCGGGACGUACAGCUUCUCUCCAGUAUAGAAUGCUCAGUCGACAGAUCAAUGAAUUCGUGGGCCGUGUGAAUGGACGUUUUGGGACAGCCGAGUACUGCCCCGUUCGGUAUCUGAAACAGUCGAUCGAGCACUCCCAGCUCGUGGCGCUUUAUAACUGUGCCGAUGUGGCCAUCGUGAGCAGCAUAAAGGAAGGAAUUAAUCUGCAGGCGAUGGAGUUUAUAGCGGCGCAGAAGAAAAGCUGUCAUGGGGUACUGGUCUACAGCGAGUUUGCAGGAUGUGCGUCGUCUUUCCAGGGUGCGUUGCUGGUGAAUCCGAUGCACAUUGAACAAGUGGCUGCAAGUGUGGACACGGCGCUUCGAAUGAACAGUACGACGAAACGGAUUCGACACCACCAACUGUCACGAUAUGUGACCACGUACACGUCGACACUCUGGGCUCAACGGAUCAUGUCAGCUCUGAACGAGGCUGCCGCUACUGCGCAAGAAUACAAUCGUCUGGAUAAGCUGGAUACUGCACAAUUGCUCGGGUAUUACGAACGAAGCCAGCGACGCCUAUUCUUGCUAGACUAUGAUGGCACACUAGUGAACUACCAGAGCAUGGAGGAACUAGCGGAACCUUCUGCAGCCUUGAUGUCAUGUCUGGAGGAUCUGACCGCUACGCCUCACAACACUGUAUACAUCAUCAGUGGGAGGAACAAGAAUCGACUGCAGGAAUGGUUUGGACACUUGCCACGAGUCGGACUGGCUGCAGAGCAUGGCUAUUGGUUCCGUCCCGCCUCCAAGCACCCGUCAACGCUCAGCACAGAUAAAAGCCCGCUGGCCAGCUCGUCUUCUUCCGCCAUGGGGAGCGAGAGUGUAGCAAAUUUCGAAAGAGCUCCAUGGCAAUGUAUGUUCAGUGACGUGGAGCUGGAGUGGCGUGAUGAAGUAGAAAGUAUCUUGGAGCACUUUACAGAGCGGACUCCUGGGUCUCUCCUGGACGUGAAGGAUUGUUGCUACACGUGGCACUUUCGAGACGCUGACCCCACGUUUGGGCUAAAGCAGGCGAAGGACAUGCAGCUCCAUUUUGACCAAAUGCUGCGAGACCUGCCAGUUGGUGUCGUCAUGUGUCGGAUCAAGAAGUACGUCAUGAUUCGCCCGUGGCGCGUCAACAAAGGCCGCGCGGUGAGUCGCAUCCUGGAGUACGAGAGCGAGACGCCGUACUUUACAGCGCUGGACUUUGAUUUCAUUCUGGCUCUGGGAGAUGAACGCACAGACGAAGAUAUGUUCGAUGUUGUCCAGGGCAGCAACUGCUACACGUGCACAGUGGGCAUGAAAGUCAGUCGCGCGCAGUACUAUCUCGAAGGUCCGGACGAAGUUCUGCGCGUCUUGACCGCCUGCACGAGCUUGAUGGCUGCAGACCGGCAGCCUCUUUCAGGCUAA